AUUUGAGCCUCAUAACUCGAAGAAAGGUCAGCUUCCUCGCUAUUUUGGUCCUAACUCAAAAGCAGAUCCAGUAAAGGUUUUUGUUGUAGAAAGCCAAGAAUGCUAUUCAGUGCUGCCCGAAGUGCAGAGUAAUGAGUGGCUUCUCCUUUCCCCAGCCCCAGAGGCCACUCUGCUCAGUUUGCUGUCUUCCUUCCAGACGUUUCUGGACAUUAGUAAACAUGUAACAAAUACAGUGGACUGGUUCUGUGUCAGGUAUUUAGCAGUUCUGGGGACACGGGUGUUACCUCCUUUCAUGGUGCUCUCAGGGUCUGAAAGAGGAGAUCUGCAUAAAUGAGAAAAUCGGGAAAGGCGUUCUGGAAUGGGUGGUGCUUAAGCUGAGCGCUGUAAAAUAGGAGUUAACCAGAGGAAGAAAACACCAAGCAGAGGACACGAUGGGCAAAGGCCUUGGGCAGGAGGGAGCGGGACAGAGGACCAGAGAGAAAGCAGUGUGGCUGCGGUCCUGAGGUGAGGGUCAGAGUGGUGCUCCUGGAGUGGGGCGUUCAGUCUUAAGCUUUAUUCAGGGGCCAAGGAGUCACUGGAGACCGAAGUGACACCUCCUCUUUCGCAUCUUAAAAGCUCCCCCCGGCUGCUGUGUGGAGAACGAGUUGAAGGGAGGGCCAGAGUCACCGAGGGGAGGGGAAAGGGCUGCGCUUAGUGCCAGAGAGGGCGGGCGUCGGGAUGCCUGGGAGUCGGCCACACGGACCUGUGGGCUUCCUCUGCGCCAGCCCCCGUUGUAAGCACUUGACAUUGAAUGAGUCCCAACAAUCGCAUAGGGUGUCUGCCAGUACCAUUUUUGUAGAUGAGGAUACAGACGCCCCAAAAGGUGAAGUCCUGGUGGGUUUUACCCACUUGUGUCACCCUGACUUCGGCACUGGCUUGGUCAUCCUGUCCCUCUGGGUAGGCCCGCAGCCCCUAGGUUCUGCUCCCGACAGGCCGUCGCGGGACCGGAGCCCUCGGGCGCCUCCCCCUCCGCCGUGCCCGCGGAAGCGCGGAGGCCCGCGGCGCUGGAGUUGGACUUUGAGGCGAGGGAACCCGGCGUCCGCGGGGGCGGGGCGGGGGCGGGGCCUGAGCCCGCGCGUCGGCGCCGGCGCCAAGGGGCGGCCUCUAGCCACAGCGAGUCCGCGGCGGCGUCCAGGGUUGGCAGCGACCGCAGCCGAGCCCAAGCGGGUGGCGGCGCCAUGGCGUGCGCGGGGCUGCUCACCGUGUGCCUGCUCCGGCCGCCCGCGCCCCAGCCCCAGCCCCAGACCCAGACCCCGCGGCACCCCCAGCUCGCGCCCGACCCGGGGCCCGCCGGACACACGCUCUUCCAGGACGUUUUCCGCAGAGCAGACAAGAAUGAUGAUGGGAAGCUCUCAUUUGAGGAAUUCCAGAAUUACUUUGCCGAUGGGGUUCUCAGCCCGGGGGAGCUGCAGGAACUGUUCAGCGGCAUUGAUGGGCAUCUCACCGAACUACUUCUCAGAGCACCUGGGUGUCUACCGGCCUGUGCUGGCUGCAUUGGAAUCGCUGAACCGUGCAGUGCUCGCUGCCAUGGAUGCCACCAAGCUGGAGUACGAGAGGGCCUCCAAAGUGGACCAGUUUGUGACGCGCUUCCUGCUGCGGGAGACGGUGAGCCAGCUGCAAGCCCUUCAGAGCUCGCUGGAGGGGGCGUCAGAUACCCUGGAGGCCCAGGCCCGUGGCUGGCGGUCAGAUGCAGAGAGCGUGGAGGCGCAGAGCAGGCUCUGUGGCAGCCGGCGGGCAGGACGCCGGGCCCUGAGGAGUGUCAGCCGGUCAUCCACCUGGUCCCCCGGCUCUUCUGACACAGGGCACAGCUCAGAGGCCGAGAUGCAGUGGCGGCUCCAGGUGAACCGCCUCCAGGAGCUCAUUGACCAGCUCGAGUGCAAGGUGAGGGCCGUGGGGCCAGGGCCCCACAAGGGAGGACCCUCCUGGUAUCCACCAGAGCCAGGCCCAUGCUGGAGGCCCGGCCCACACUCUGUGCCCUCACAGGCCCCCCGGCUGGAACCCCUGCGUGAAGAGGACCUGGCCAAGGGGCCUGACUUGCACAUCCUCGUGGCCCAGAGGCAGGUCCAGGUGGCAGAGGAAGGCCUGCAGGACUUCCACCGAGCCCUGCGCUGCUACGUGGACUUCACGGGGGCCCAGAGCCAUUGUCUGCAUGUGUCCGCCCAGAAGAUGCCGGACGGUGCCUCCUUCACCCUAUAUGAGUUCUGGCAGGAUGAGGCCUCCUGGAGAAGGCACCAGCAGUCGCCCGGCAGCAAGGCCUUCCAGCGCGUCCUCAUCGACCACCUGCGGGCCCCGGACACCCUCACCACUGUGUUCUUCCCAGCCUCCUGGUGGAUAACGAAUAACAACUGAGCCAGACCUGCACACGCCGAGGGCCCCGGGACCCUGCCUGCCUCCCUCUGGAGCCUUCUGGACUGGCCAGCCCAGCGCAAAGACCAGGGCUUGUCUCCUCCUGGACUUGGGCCUGGUGGAAGGGCUCUCAGCCCAGGGAUCAGGGACUGGGCUGCUUGCUUUCUAUUUAUUAUUGAUUUAUUUAUCCCUGUAUUUUAUUGUUUGUCACUUCAGCCUCCAAGCUACUUUGGCUUCUGCCUGGCUCAGGAGACCUGGAUUCUGGUCCCUGCUGUCCCUGCCUGGCUGAGCGACCCAGGGCAGGUCCCGUCCCUGUCUGGGUGGGCCUCGGGCCAUCUGGCCGCCUAGCGAGGGUCCUGCUUUCUUCCUGCUGUCUUGGGACCAGGCUUCUGCUCCUCCUCAGCCAGCGGCAGAAGCAGGGUUGAUGCUCAGGGACCCCCCAACCCCUCAAACCUUGCCUCCGAGGCUGGGCCUGACCUGGGUGCCCCUGUCGCCCUCCCAGGCCACUAGGCUCUGACUCUUCCAGCACCCAUGGAUGUGCCAGAGGCCUCUGGGUUGGUUUGCAUGUCAUUUGCAUAUCGUUUGCAUGCCCUCACCCCACCCAUUCUCAGGGCAGUAUGGGAAGCCCCAAGGUGACCUGGCCAAGUAGCAAUAAUUUGGGUCCAGGGUCACCUAUUGCCCGCAGAGGCCUCUGAACCCCAGGCUGGGACCCCAGCACAGAGGCAAUAAAGGCAGUGGUCCCUUCCA